CCGUAGUCCUCUCCUUCCACUCGGCUAUCAGUGUCAUCGAUUUCCCACCCAGACACGCUACCUACCAAAGUAUUUCUCAUCUGUCAUUGGCCUCCCUGAUACAUUGUUCCAGGCCUAGCCAUCUCUACCCUCAUCAACGAGCUUUUUCUUGAAUACUUUACAUAAUUUAUCACCCUGUCUCCAAACCCCUCCCCAAGACCCCUUCUAUAUUAGAAUCAUCAUGACAGCCAUGGCUAGCCGUGUUUACCAAUCUUUCAAUCCGCCGCAACCUGCUAAGCGUGAAGGUGCUCUGAAGUUUGGCAUCUUGGGAGCUGCCGGCACCGCGCCCCUUUCCCUCAUUAUCCCGGCCAAAUCCCACUCUGAAGUCAUUGUGCAGGCAGUGGCCGCUCGCGACCGCAAGAGGGCUGAAGAUUUCGCCAAGGCUCAUGGCAUCCCAGAAGUUAAAGACUCAUAUGAGGAUAUUCUCAAUGAUCCCAAUAUCGACUGUAUCUUCGUUCCCCUCCCCAACGCUUUCCACUAUGAAUGGGCUGUCCGGUCCAUUCGCGCUGGCAAGCAUGUCCUGCUGGAAAAGCCUUCCGUAUCCAACGCCACCGAGGCAGAGUCUCUAUUCAACCUGCCUGAGUUGUCUCAGCCAAAUGGCCCCGUUCUCUUGGAGGCUCUUCACAUGCGAUUCUACCCCGCCUUGUCAUACUUUCGUUCUUUGAUCGACCCAGCCAACAUUGCGCACGUCAACGCAGUCUCCAUGAUCCCGUGGUGGAUGACGGGCAAAAAUGAUAUCCACUUCAACUAUAACCUGUCCGGUGGGAGUAUGAUGUCGAUGGGGACCUACAAUUUUGCGGCGCUGCGGGUGCUCUUUGGCGCUGAGCCGGAGGAGUGUCUCAGCUGCGACGUCCACUCCUACACCGACGGGAUCCACGACAAAUGCGACUAUGAAUUCCAAGCCCGCUUCCGGUUCCCGAAUGGCGCGAUUGGCGAGGCAUCGAGUACCAUGAACGGACCAACAUACUGGACACCGUCGCAUGUGACCGUGACCAACAAGGAGACCAUCGUUCCCGAUAAGAGACUCCCUGAAUCGCACGUCCUGGUUCAGAAACGCGAGCUGACCCUCCACGGCUUCAUCCACGGAGUCAUCUGGCACCGCAUUGACAUCAAGGAUGUCUUCGAGGUCCGUAACCGCGACACGGGCAAGAUCGUCAAGCGGUACGAGGAAAAGUCCCAGAAGAAAGCAUACAGCUUUCAGGAAGCAGGCGGUGCGUUUGCGGAUCUGCCGGGCGAGCCGUUCUGGAUGUCUUACCGACACCAAUUGGAACAAUUCGUCAAUCGCAUCAAGGGCCGAGAGACUCAGCACUGGAUCAGUGCGUCUGACUCGAUCGCUCAGAUGAAAAUGAUGGAUAUGGCGUAUGAGAAGAGUGGGCUUGGUCCUCGGCCCAGCAAGACGUUCAACUGAUUGCCGGUUUCUUAAACGACUUCAGUUCUCUCCGUUAUUUUUCUUCUUUAUUUCCCGAUGAUUCCAUUUGCCGACUACAAUUUGGCGGUCCAUUUAGACUAUGCUUUCUCUUUCCGUGAAUGGUCUUGGUAUAGCUCUGCUCUUCUAUUACAAUCCAUCUCGUGACAGCGUUCACCUUCAGUGUUAUUUACCCUAGUAAUGGUAGUAGCCAAACCGGCACCUGCUUUCAUGGUCCAAAUUCCCAAUUUCUAUCUUAUGUCGCUUCAAGACCUUUAAAUUCAUAUCUCGAGGCUUUGAGCUCGGCUUGAAUACAUUUAGUCACUCAUCCAUUAAUUCGACGGAUAUUUAUCUAUUUCUUUCCUUCUUUU